AUGAAGUUCACCACAGCCCUCCCCCUCGCCCUCCCCCUCCUAGCAUCCGCCGCCCCAGCUAGCGACCCAACCCCAAACCCAAACUUCAGCGUCAUGGCCGCCCGCUCCGCCUCACCAAUCCAUUACCUCCAACUAAACGCCGCAGGCCAGAAAUUCUACCUCGGCGGCGAAACAGCCUCCUACUGCCCGGACCAAGUCCCCAACUGCCCACCAGGAAACCAAACAAUCUUCACACCCGGCGGUGCCUCCCUUAAGAAAAAACUCCCCACUAACACCAAGUUCCAGGACGUCAACGUUCCAGGCGGUCAACAAGUCUACGUCGACCCCAAGGGCGCUUUGAGCUUCACACAGGCCCACUCAGCUAACAUUCCCCCGGGCUCCGCUGUCGGGCCUUUCGUGUAUAGUCCCGAUAAGCCAUGGGCUCAUUACUCGUUCAAUGGAUGGGGCGCUAGUGGGUUCAUGGCUUGUCCUACGGAGGAUGCGAAAUGGCAGGUUUUCGCGGCUAUUGCGAAUGCGACUGUUCCUAAGGGUGAUGUCAAGGAGUGUUUGGGAUUCUCGGCUAUGGCGUUGCCUUAUAAUGGGGAUGUUCCUGCUUGGCAGUAUAUUUAA